GCAGCCGAAAAAUCCUCCAUGCAUCUGUCGUGCUGCAAAACCUACUAAUUSWUUUACAACAUAAUCAGUUACAGGACCAUAUCACUCUGUUAUGCGUUUGUGUGUAUGGUGCGCAAAUAUAAUUUAAGUUGCAUUGACAAUUAGCCUUUAAUUUAACAGUUGUCAUUGAGACUAUUCAUUCGUUUAUUUUAGCCAAUACAGGACAUCAUUUUAUACAGUUGCCAGUUUUUCGUGAUGGUUUGACAACAUGAUUGGCCAGCGACUUCUCAUGCCAACAACAUAACCUGAUCUCUCAGCAUCUAAGGGGCAGACGUUGGGUGGUAGACCUACGGCAGGAUGAGUGGGAUCCUGAAGAGGAAGUUUGAGGAGGUGGAGGUGGAUAGCCCCUCCCCCUGCCUCUCUCUCCGGGGGUCCGAUGACGAGGUCUCCGCUGGCAGCGACAGCGGGAACAGCAGCGACAGCGUCAACCCAGGCCCCUCCACCCCCGUCACCCCCUCUUCUAUCUUGAGGUGUGAAAAGCGCCUGCGUGUGCGCAACGUGCACUUUGAGAGUGUGACGGUGUACUACUUCAGCCGGCGCCAGGGCUUCACCAGCGUGCCCACGCAGGGUGGCAGCACCCUGGGCAUGUCCACGCGCCACAGCUGGGUGCAGCGCUACACCCUGGGGGAGUUCGCCGUGGAGCAGGAGAGAAGCCACCGAGACAUGCUGCGAGACCACCUCAAAGAGGAAAAACUCAACUCCAUCAAACUCAAGCUGACCAAUAAUGGCACUGUGGAGUCGGACGAGGCCGAGUCGCUGACCCUGGACGACAUCUCAGAGGACGACAUCGACCUGGACAACACAGAGGUGGACGAGUACUUCUUCCUGCAGCCGAUGACCACCAGGCGGCGCCGCGCUCUCCUCCGGGCGUCCGGGGUUCGACGCAUCGACGUGGAGGAGAAGCACGAGCUGCGGGCCAUCCGGGUGUCCCGGGAGGAGUGCGGCUGUGACUGCAGGGGGCUGUGCCACCCCGCGACCUGCGCUUGCAGCCUGGCCGGCAUCAAGUGCCAGGUAGAUCGAAUGUCAUUCCCGUGCGGUUGCAGCAAGGAGGGCUGCAGUAACAGCACAGGCCGCAUCGAGUUCAACCCCAUCCGUGUUCGCACCCACUUCCUGCACACCAUCAUGAAGCUGGAGCUGGAAAAGAGCCGCGAGCAACAACAACAACCGCAGGUCACCAAUGGCAAUGGUUACCAUGGAGAACUACCAGUCAACGUCCCUGUCCAGCGUGCUCUGCAGUACCCCCUGAUGUCUGACAACAUCCCAGUCCUGCAGGCUCCCAUCAUGCACCUGCCGAGCACCAGCGACACAGAGCAGCAUCUGGAAGAGGAAGUGGACGAAGAUGAGGAAGAUGAUGAGGAGGAGUACGAGGAUGAGGACGAUGGUAGUAGUUUAUGUAGCGGCCUCUCGGACUGCAGCACCGACAGCCUGCACACUAGUGACUCUGAGGAGGAAGAGGAGGAGGAGGAGGAAGAUGACUGUGAGUCUAUGGAGGAGGGGGUGAGUGGACCCCCAGUCUCUCACACAGAGGUGGUUUCUCUCUCCUCUGUGUUGGGUUACACUGAUGGGACACACACCAACACCAACCACGCUAACCCCAACUCAUACUACCACAACCCUUCAUCAGGGUACUACCAGAUGGACAACUCAGCCAACCUGAACCCCACACCCAAAGCRCCUAGUGAAGCUCCCUCACUCCUCUCACUCCCCAACAGGCAGGGGGCCACCGAUGGCCCCACGGUCGUGUCACAGGAGCAGCCUAAAACCACCUCCGAGCRYCACAKAGACCACCUCAGCCAGAUAGAGGGACUGUAUAUGCAUUUUCCCCACACUGACAAAGCACCAGCAGCCAACGCCUGUUCCUCAGCCCCGCAGCAGAGCAACACUCCCCACAGUGGGGAGACUAGUACACUACACCAUGAGCAGCCCUUUCAGACGCAGGUCAGCGUUUUUCAUCAUGAAUCUUGUUCUAGAGGCAGCUCUGCGGAGUGGUCACUAGCUGGCACAGCCACAAAGUCAUAA